AUGGGAAUUAAUCCAAGUAAACCCAACACAAAUGAUACAAAAAAGGAUUUGGAUCAAUUCCAAAAUCAACCCGAAGAUUCUGGUAAGAAAGUAGUGAUGGAGAAAUUACAAGCACUAUACGGAGAGAAAUUGCAAGGAGAAAGCCUUGAUAAAUUUGCAUCCAUUUUGUCUGAUAAGGAACGAUUGAAGGAAAUUUAUCUUCAUACCGAUUUUGAAAAAGCAAAAGAACUUCAACGUUCUAUUAAAGAUCUCAAAAUGAUUACUCCAACCAUAUUACAGAGAGCAACCAUGAAAUAUAGCUCACAAGCAUCUGCUUCUCCAAUUGGUGGUUCCGAUAUGUUGGAAGCGAAAUCUCGUAGAAGUAGCUCUGCAGUUGAAAAUUCACUCAACUCUACGGGACAGCACGAUGAAGAAGAAUUUGAAGAUGAUGAAACCACCGAUGUAACAGAUACACCUAUGCAAAAUCCAUAUACUGAGCUAGAUAAUAACAAAAUUAGGAUUAAAUUAAUUGUUGCGGAAACGAGUAAGAAUGCAUUGGAAAAGAAUUUAAAGAGAAUGAUAUCUCCGUUUGUAGAUAUGGAGAAGAGAAAGGCGCCGUUUGGAUUUUUCCAUAUUGCUCUCGCUGUUGGAUGUUGGAAGAUUGAAUGGAACAAUUCCUCAUUGUGCAUACCAAGAACUGUCACAGGUAAUUACGCUCUUAUCUGUGCAGAUAUUGAAAGCAUUGCUAGCUUGGAUGAGCUUGAGUUUGUACGGGACAAGCUCGCAGAAACCAUUGUCAAAUGGAACACCUCGGUAUUUUACAAGCAACAAAAAGGUGAACCUGAAAGUGGAUCUGGAAAUUGUCAACAGUUCAUUGAUGAGAUUUUACAAAAUUUGGGGUUAUCUGACUAUUCAUCUUCAUUUCCUCUUCCGCUUGCGAAUUAUUUAAAAACGCUUAGAGAAGAAGGAUAUGGCGAAAUGGUAUUUGAAUUGGAAGAUUCAUUUAAACAAAAAUUCUUUUCUGAAGAUAAUCCUGAGACUAGCAAAUAUUUGAAAAAGAAAAGUAUUCAUUUCAAAAGUCACAAAGAGUUAGAUUUGUUUGCAAAAGCUCUUUUUGAAAUAGAUCCUGAUUUCCAGAUAAAUCACAAAUACGAAUAUUAUUUAUUGAAGGCAUACGAUAGAGGUUUUUGGAUGAGACAUUUGAAGCCAGCAGGAGAGGCUAAUAUUGAUAAAGAAAAUUAUGAACCUUUAGAAGAAGAAGAUGGAACGCUAGCAUGUAAAUUUGGAGAUCCUACAUUGCACUCUUUCCUUGCAUUUAACCUCGCAAAGAAGAGGUGA